CGGGACCCCCGGGGCGUCGCGUGCAGGGUGGUGCGGUGUGAACUGUUUGCGUUGCGCGACACUGUGGCUGUUGUUUUUGCGCUGAUCAGCUGAACGUAUGAUACGCGCUUCGAGUUUGACAAGCAGGAGGGGAAGCCCUGUUGGCUCGCGAGCGUCUAAAUAACGCCGAGAGAGGCGUCAGCGACGAUUCCGGUUGACAAGCGAUGGGAUGCGGACCACGACACGCUGCCCUGAAGAGUAAAUGGCUACAGCAACGCCAACAACUGUGUCAGGGCCAGUGAAGUUCUAACAUGUGACAAGCUGAAGAUGGGAGACAAAUAGGUCUUAAAGAAUUAUUCAAUGUCAGCAGAGAAAGUGCCUCAAAAGCAUCUUGAGACAUUCUUUGUCAAGCCCCAUUGCCAGGCAUCAGCCGAAAAGACACACAAAGAUGAAUUUCACCAAGGCUAUUUGUGAACAGGAGAGGCGACAUAUAGCACACAACCAGCACUCACUUAUAUGGCGGCUGCAUACUGACACCGUUUAAUUAUGCCUUUGUUAGUUAAGACACCAUACGGUAUCUUACAUUAAUUAUGGCAUAAUACAAUUAGCCCCCUAAAGUGAGUGUAAAGACUUUUUCCUGUCGGAAGAGUAUUGAUGCAAUGAUGUUUAUUGGAUUGGUGCUCAAAGAAGCAUUCUCAUUGCAUUCUUAAGGCCUCCUCCCCACAUCUUAUGGAGGCGGAGGAAAAGCCGUCAGCCGAUGGGAAGCGGUCUGGUGGGCAACAGCAGCCAUCAGAGUCUUUUUUAGCAGCACAGCUGCCUCAGUUACAGCAGCAAGCUACCUCACAAUCUGUCCAUGGAUCACAUGGCCGCCUUCAACACAGGCAGCCAAAACGCUUUGAAAUGCUCCAAAGGCAGAAGCGGCAGCAACAGUCACAAUCUAGUGGAUCAUCUUGGCAGCUUACAGAAGUACCUGGUCCUUCAAGAGGCAGCUGUUCUGCCCUGGGAGAUUCAUCUCCCCAAAUUCAUAAUAUUAAGCAAACUCAAUCUCUGCCCAGUGUGGAAGUACAGGAAGGCACCCUAUGUAGACGAGAACGUAAGCCCCAAAAACCAGGGAAAUAUGUGUGCACAUACUGCGGCCGUCCUUGUGCAAAGCCUAGCGUCCUCCAAAAACACAUCCGAUCUCACACUGGAGAGAGACCUUAUCCAUGUGACCCAUGUGGCUUCUCCUUCAAGACCAAAAGCAACUUGUACAAACACCGCAAAUCCCAUGCACAUCGAAUAAAAGCAGGCAUAGCCUCAAGUCUUGAAGAGACCGGUUUUAUUGGGCCGGAAGGUGGAGCCUUGGGAUAUGAACAAGAAGAGGGUACGGAAGGAGAGAGUACAGCUUCUGAGGAUGAGACUGGGCAACACCAACCAUCUACCUCACAGGGCAGGCCAACUCUGAAAAAAAGUAGUAAAGUGGAAUUGUCAUUUGUAGAGGAGGGUCCCCAAACUGAGGAUUCACAGGCCGUCAAGCAAAGGUUAGCAAUGAGGCUAAGUGAGAGGAAGCGAGCUCCCAGAGCAUCUUCAGAUGAAACCCGAUCCUCACUGGGUCCUGGCAGUAAGGGGAGCACAGAAUCUGGCUAUUUUUCCAGUUCUGGGAGUGCUGAGCUCUCCCAAGUGAGCCCACCAAAUGCCAGUGCUAAAACGUAUGCUGAGAUAAUUCUAGGAAAGUAUGGACGCCUAGGACAACAGCAAAGAAUUUCACAUCAACAACUGCAGUUAUCAUCAUCUUCAGGUCAACAGGAAAAAUCAAUCCCUUUCACUGUUCCUAAGACACAAGUCAUUGAGCAUAUAACUAAGCUAAUUACUAUAAAUGAAGCCGUGGUGGAUACAAGUGAAAUUGAUAGUGUCAAACCAAGACGUUCCUCACUCUCUAGAAGAAGUAGCAUUGAGUCUGUAAAGUUCUCUUCACCCAAAGAACCCUGUGUUUUUGAGCCAAAAGCGGAUGCUUCUUGCGGCUCUGCUGUUCAACUUGUUCCUGAUAGUUUUGCAAGUGAAUUACCUGGCUCGUACUUGGCUGAAACAGAAACAUUGGCUGGUCAGAGCUCCAGUGCUCUUCUCUAUAGGAGUCAAUCAGUGCCAUCUUCUCGUAAUACUCCAGAUACAGCUUCACACGGCUUUCGUCUAAGUCAUUCGUUUGAUGAUCAGCAGGCUGAAAUGAGGAUUGGGCCACAUCAACGAAUGUUACGACGCCAACCUGCUAUUGAGGUGCCGGUUGGAGUGGACCUCAGUAUUGAGGAUGCAGGUCCUUCUAGUUUGAAAGAAAUAGAAUUAGGAAAGAAGCCAGACAAGGAAUUUCACCUUUAUGAGUGUGAAAUUUGUGGGACUCGCUUGAAGAAGCAGGACUCUUACACAUCACACAGACUAGCGUGUAUGAGUAAAUCUCCACAUGGUCUGCAAAGUGAGGAAGGCAGUUCUUUUACUGAGAAUCAGCCACAAAUUAUGAGCUACAAGUUUAAAGCAAUGGCUAUGGCUGUGCGCAAGAGGAAAAAAAAAGAAGAAAGUAUUGAGGAAGACCCUCCCAGUCCAGGUCCAACAGCAGUGUCUUUCAGCACCCAGCCUCCAUCGAUGCUAGGCAGUAUUGAUAAUCAGGGCACACCUUGUGGCCUUUCACAAAGUGAGGUAGAAAGGAGUUUUCCCUGGAAAGAAAUUUCUGUUAUCCAGCAUACCAGAUCCUUUGAAAAACAGGAAAGCAUCUCUAUGGCAAAUCAGGAAGCACAGCCAGAACACGAGCAAUCACAGGAGCCAAAACCAGCCUCCAUGUCCCGGUUAAUCCGUCAACCCAACAUUCAAGUGCCAGAAAUUCUGGUUACAGAGGAGCCAGAUACCGAGAUGGUCUCCCAUCCAGCGAACACGUACACCUCUAAAGAGUCAGAGAAGGUGGAGGAAUUCCAGUGGCCUCCGCGUAGCCAAAGUCUGGCUCAGCUCCCUGCAGAGAAGCUACCGCCAAAGAAGAAGCGUCUCCGUUUGGCUGAGGCAGCCCAAUCAUCAGGAGAAUCUAGCUUUGAGUCAGUAUCCCUGCCACACAGCCCAAGCCAAGAGAGCAAUGUUUCCCAUGCCUCCAGUCGAUCUGCAUCCUUUGAGGAAUCAGGAAGGCCAGACUGUGAGAUGCAGAGUAGUACCUGGAGCUCCCAAGGGUCUCACAUGCUGACUGUUCCAUCAAGUCUCCAUCAACACCAUCAUUCUCACAAAGAGAUGCGCCGCUCAACCUCUGAACAGGCAUCUGCAAGUCCUCCACACCCUGCACAUGUAGAGGAAACAAGAAGUAAGUCAUUUGACUAUGGCUCUCUCUCUCACGAGCGCACUUCUGCUACUUGGAAGGAUAGGAGGAAAUGUCUCUUGGUGAAGCACGGAACCCUUGGUGAACCUGACCAGGAGGAGUCAUGUACUAAACCUGGCAUCUCAGCUGUUUGCCAGUCCUACCCAGGUCAUCCUCCAUUCACAAUCACAGAGCAUAGAAUGGGAGGCAGGACCUCUAGGCUUAGCUCAGAGCAUAUAGGAAAGACCUUGCAGCUUUUCCAAUCCCCUCUUUCCCUCCCACCAGCAGUUUUCCCCCUACAACAAGCAAACCCUGAUUUUUGUUCCCCAAGUCAGCUCACUAGAUUCCUUCCAGUCACUACAGCAGUCGUUUCUACCCAGAUGUUUCAACAAGCCUUCCUUCACAGUGAGCCACCUCCGCCACAUCCAAGACCCAUAGAAUAUGUAGAACACCUGGGAUUACCCCUUCAGCCACUCACCACUUUAUUCCCUCUACAUUCAAGUGAUGUUGCUGAGGAUGUUUGCUUUCCCAUGCCAGGUGGACUGACUAUUCAGGUCCCCUCAGGGCCUCUUUUCAGUGAGUUUAGGUCAUCGCCUUCCUCAUUGCAUACUCCCAGUCAUUCACAACAGCAGUUAGUCAUCCGCCACAACCCCCAUCCCGUGAUUGCUCCUUGUCUUCAACAGUUUAUGCCAGUGGUGUCUCUUGUAGUGCCUGUGCGCUUACAGACUCACAUUCCUACCUAUGCUAGUGCCAUGUAUACAACCAUCUCACAAAUUUUAGCCACAACGCAACAUCCAGUCUGCUGCACAGCUAUGGUAAUCAUGGGUAAGCUGGAGGAAGACAAGCUUCAGAGAUCUUACCUUAGGCUGCCCUCACCUAACCCCAAGAGCUAUAUUCCCUUGCCGCUGCCUCUCGAGCAUGGAGCAGGUGCUUCAUCUGAUGACAGCUGUGGGCAGCUUGGUGCUGGAGGAAGCAAGCGAAUGCUGUCACCUGCAGGUAGUCUAGAACUCAGUUUAGAGGCACAGCGGCACCAAAAACGGGUGAAAGAGGAGGAGGAGAUAGAAGAGUGUGACAAGGAAGAUGACGAUAACAAAUGCGACAAAUCUCAGGAGGUGAGUCAGGCAAAAAUUAAGCAGAGGCUAACAGUGGAGAUGGCAAGGAGGGCCAAAGAUCCAAGGGAAGUAAUAGAAACUGAAAAGUUAAGCAAGCAGAACUUCACCCAACACAAAUCUGAAACCUUGAAGGAGGAGGGAAGGAAAGAGGCGGGACAUCGGUAUGCUCCAAGGGUAACAAGUCCAGAGAGAACUGUGGACCCCUCAUACCCCAGUUUGCACACCACUACAUCCGUCAGCUGGUGCUACCUGAAUUACACAAAGCCCAACCCCUCUACACAUAGAGGUUCAACAUCCGUCUAUUCCUCAUGGAGUGUUAGCAUGCAUAACCCCAAUAUACCUGGCCAGUCCACCAAAAUAUUACUGUCCCUGCUGCGCUCCAAACAGAAACAUAGUGCUGAGACAUACACUAUGGCUACAGCUCCACCACCAACCACGGACAAGCUGGUUCCUACUGACAGCAAAGUGACCAGUGCGUCAGAGGUACAUGCCUCUCCACCCAACACACCUGUCAAAGUAAAAGAGGAACCAGCAAAUGAAAGAGGAGAAAAAGAGAAGAAGAGUGCUGAUGACGUGCCCACUACCUUGAUGCAAAGUGAGGCAGCAAAUAUUUGCCUUUUUGAGGGAGGAUCAAAUCACAACAACGUAGGAGACGGAUCCGGCGUGACGCAUAUACUAGCUGUAUAUGAUAUACUAGCUGAGCCCCGAAGUGACAAAGACAUGGUGGUACAGUUUUUUUGCUUCGCCUUUAAAACCAAAGGGAACCUUACCAAACACAUGAAGUCCAAGGCCCAUGGUAAGAAAUGCCUGGAGAUGGGAGUGUCAGAGUCAUCUGUGGAUGAGCUGGAGACUGAGGAAGCAGGGGGCAGUGAGGAGCGAGUAUGCAAGUCAGAAGAUCUGGAGGGGCACCAGUGCUCUGAUUUUGAAGAUUCUGAAGCAGAAGAUGAUGAGGAUGAGGAAGAGGACUUCUCUUCCCAUGAUGAACCAUCUUCAGUCUGUUCCACUGAUACUCGUCAGUCCACAGGUGACCUCUCUGAAAGUGGCCAAGGCUCACAGACUGAGCCCUCUGACCCUUCAGCAAAAGAGGAAUACUCCUCACCCCACAGACCAUUGCCUGGCAUACGAGCCGUGUCUCCAGGCAGCAAGAGGGCAUCGUUCUCCCGCAAGGGCUGGGAGGUUUCCCUGAGGACCUUCUCCCCUAGCAGUGAAGGCUCUCCCCUUAGAAGCCUGUCUCCUAGCCUUGAAUUGUCCUCACCUAGCCGUCAUCUCUCUCCUUCCCCAGAGAGGGGCCCAUCACCCAUCAGAGCCCUCUCACCUCUGAGGCCUGUAUCCCCGGCACGCUACAGGAGUGCCAGAGCUCUCUCCUCUCAUAUGCCCCUAAAGCCCCAGCAUCGGCCACACAGCUCACCCGCAGGGCUCCACUGGGAACCUAGCACACCAGCUACUGAGGGUCAAGAGGACAAGCCUGGUACUCCAUCUCUACAGGAGCGUAUGCCCCCAGAUCCCUGCCUGCUUUCCCCAUCUCUACACUUCUCUCCAAGUGAGUCUUUCCCUCCCUUCCCUCUUGUGACACCACGGACCGUGGACCGCAUGUUUAGCCACCUUCCUUUACACUCCCAAGAUCAAGCCCGCACGCCCUAUCACAUGAUUCCCAUUGGGGGCAUCCAAAUGGUGCAGCUCAGACCCCGAUCACGCCCCAAACGGGAACGACAGUCAUCCUCCACCCCUUCGCCCACCUCUCCCAAAGAGGACUCCCCUUUUUCCCUCACCAGGAGGGAUUAUCCAUGGAUCUCGCUUCCGGAAACCAGUCCGCAAAGAACUCUGGCAGACAAAAGGACAAAAAGCCAAGAUGAGGGAUCCAGCCGGUCUGACCUGUCUUGUCCAAGUACUAGUUCGAUGUUACCUAAACUCCCCCCUUUACAACAAGGUGUAGGGGAGCAACGGACUGCAAAGGUCAGAAAGCAAUAUGGCGACUCGAGGUCUGCCACAAAGACUCACACCUUCAGUCCCGAAACAUCCAGGAAAGCACUGACAGACAGCGAUGCAGGAGCUGAGAGGAUCUCACAGGGGGAAAGAGCAAGUUCUUCACGUGAAAACAGACAGCUGCGUGAGACGGAAAAGCCUGUAGCGGCGCCACUCAGGGGACGUGGCUCUUUUUCAGAAGGAUGUUCAGGAUCUGGCAGUGCUCCUCAGAGCCAGGAAGGUGAUCAAGAUAGCACUUAAAAGCCUCUGUGCACAAUGGUAAAAUGCUUUCUACUGCUAAUACUACUAUUGUUUUGUUUUGUAAUGCGCUUAUUUUUUAUAUACAACAUUUUCAAUACUAUUGGUAACUUGGUAAAUGUUUGUUCUGCAAUAUUCAAGAUUGUAAUAUGAUGCACUUUUUUUUCUUGGAAAAAAAUAUUUCUGUAAAUCGAUUAAGUCUGUCCCUCCUAUCUUUAUUGACAUUGCAGUCUUAAUAUAUCUAUUUGAAUAUGUAUAUGUACUUGUAAAUACAUGUUCAAUUAAUACAUUUCUAAGUGACCAAGAUGAAAACUUAAAUCAAGAGUAAUUCCAAUAUUUCGUCUCUUGUCCAGUAUUGCGCAAAUUCUAGUGAUGUGUGCCUUUUUCUGUCCAGAUUUACUGCUUGAAGUGUCAAAGAUGAAAAGCUGUGAAUUCUUUUUAUGAAUAUAGUUUUUUUUUUUUUGUGCAAAUGAGCUGGUAUUUGAAAAGCAGGAGGAUUUUCUUUAUACGUUAGGGUAAAUGAGACAGGCAAUGCUGUUGAAUAGACAAGAAACAGGUUUCGGCAGAGAGCCUUGCAGGGAAAUUGCACUGAAGUCAUAUUUUUUAUAAUACAAGUGAUUAAAUGAUAAAUUGUCUCUGUACAGAUAGAAAGUCUAUGGUCCAUAUUUAUUGCCAUGUGAAAAUAUGAAAAUGCCUGUUUUGUUUACUUUGGUUUUCAAAGGGAUUUCUAUUGUCAUUUGUAUUAUUCUUUACACUUUUAUUAAUAGUUUUUUAGUUAUGACCUCAAGACUUGAAAUGAAGAAACUGGACAGGCUUUCAGUGAAGUUGGUCAAUAGCCGAGGUUCUGGAUGGAUCAAAUGCCCUCCAAAUUUGUCAGACAUUUUGCAUUUCUGAACCAAUAAAAGUGCUCCAGCAAUUACUAAA